GGCAGGUGGAUCCAUACCCCCAGCUUGUUUCUAUCUUUUCCUAGUGGGACAGGGCUCUGGAGAGGUGAGGUUCCAGGACACAUUGGUGAGGUCAUUUGUCCAGGUAAAUCAGGUUGGCGAGUUACCCCACUUAUGUCUAUGCAGUUAUUCUAUAUAUGCUUCACCAUAUGCCUGAGUCAUUCUUGCUCUCUCUAUAGGACUGAUCCCUGCAGAGUUAGGUAAAAAUUGGUUAUCUUCUCAGCUAUUCAACUAAUAUAAAACAUUAAGUGUAUAUUUCUUCUCUCUUCUGGUGUAAAGUUUGGUUGAAAUAUUGCCUCAUGAUCUUGCAUUUAAAAAAUGUUUAAAAAAAAAACUCAAAGCAUCUAGUUACUCUUUAUGCCCUUAUCCAUAUGAUGUGGCAACAGUGUCAACCACAAGUUUCUUAGUUUUCUCUCCUGCUAUUCUAUAGCUUUUUCCAUAAGUAUAGCUUAGUGCUUAUUCCACUGCAGAAUCUGGAGUCUAGAAAUUGACUGUGCUGAAACUUACUUGGGAUGUGAGAGAAAUCCCUCAUGCCUACCAUAAUAUUUUCAUCUGAAAAUGUUCCCAUAUCACUCAAAUCCUUGGUCAAUGCUCUCUCUGUGAGGAUGUGGGGGAAAAGGAAUCCUUCAACACUAUAGGUGGAAGAUGUAAAUUGGUUUAACUCCUUUGGAAAAUAGUCUGGAGAUUUCUCAUAACAUUAGAAAUGGUCCUACCUUCUGAUCCAAUAACUUAUCUCUUGGGAAUUUAUCUUAAAAAAUCAUAAACAUUGAUCUGAAGAGAUUAAUGUAUACCUAUGUUUAUAGGAGCUCUAUUUUUAAAUUUUUAAAAAAUAUACUAUUUAUUUUUCCCUUUUGUUGCCCUUGUUGUUUUUUUAUUGUUGUUGUAGUUAUUAUGGUUGUUGUCAUUGUUGUUGGAUAGGACAGAGAGAAAUGGAGAGAGAAGGGGAAGACAGAGAGGGGGAGAGAAAGAUAGACACCUGCAGACCUGCUUUACCGCUACUGAAGCGACUCCCCUACAAGCGGGGAGCUGGGGGCUUGAACUGGGAUCCUUACGCCAGUCCUUGCGCUUUGUUCCACUUGCGCUUAACCCACUGCACUACCGCCAGACUCCCAGGAGCUCUAUUUUUAAUAGCCUAAACUUGGAAGAAAUCCAGGUACCCAAAGACAGAUGAGUGGUUGAGAAAGUUGUGGUAUGCGUGAACAAUGAAAUACUAUUCAGCCAUAAGAAAUGAUGAAAUCUCCUUUGCCACAUUUCGGAUGGAACUUGCAAGUAUUAUGUCAGGUGAAAUAAAAAGGACAAACACCACAUGAUCUUUAUUAUAGGCACAACUUAAACAAGAAGAGAAAGAGGAAACACAGGGUGAAACCUGGACUAGGUGUGGUCUGUAGUAGCAAAGCCAGUGACUAGGAGGCAGGGUUUGGUGGGAGGGAGUUUCGGACAGAGUAUGAGAUGGUGGAUGUGGAGUCAAGUUGGUAGAGGGAAUGGUGUACAGACACCUGUCAUAAAGAGAUAAGAAAUUGUAUUCAUGUGACUACAACUGACUUGUAAAUCAUUGCUUUUCUAGUAUAAAUGAUUUGGAAGACAAAACAAAUCAAACAAAUAAGAAAUAUCAAUUCCUUAUAAGACCUGCUGGAGGGUUUUCUUUCCAGUUAUUUGGGCAUGUCUAAGGAUUGUAAAACAGAGGGCAUUAGACUCACCUCACAGUAUGCUUUGUCUUUGUCUUGGGACAUUUGUAGAAAUUACCGUAAAAGUAUAGGCCUCUCAAUUUGACAUGGAUGCUGCUAUAUAGGUUCAGAAGGGGUUGGUGACAGUGUCUUGGGAGAAAUGCACACCUCCUCAAAGAAAAUAAUUCAUAGCUUGCUAGUGAAAUACAAAACAGUCAGUAUGCAUCCCACGGUUAUGGUGUUAUUAUUAUCAUUAUUCCAAUGAUUAAAUUUUAAAAAUAAUUUUAUUUCCUUAUUUAUUGGCUAGAGAUAGCCAGAAACUGAUAGCAUAGGGGGUGAUAGGGAGAGAGACAGAGAGACACCUGCAGCCCUGCUUCACCACUUGCCAAACUUUUCCUCUGUAGUUGGGGACCAGGGGCUUGAGCCCAGUUCCUUGAGCAUGGUAACAUGUGCACUCAACCAGGUGCACCAUCACCCGGCCUCUACAAUGCUUUUUUCUUUCUUUCUUUCUUUCUUUCUUUCUUUCUUUCUUUCUUUCUUUCUUUCUUUUUCUUUUUCUUUCUUUUUUUUCUUUUUUACAAAAUACCUUUAGUUAUCCUUUUAGAGCACUAAACCACUAGUACACCAAUCUCUGCUUUGUAUCCCCACUGCCAACCCAUAACUGAGGACACCCAGGACAUUAGCUUCAAGAUGGUCUCAAUUUCGCCUCUUGGAAAUUGCUAAAAGCAAUGGAAUCCCUUCCUCCUAAUUAAGCCAAUGAAUAUAACUGGUAAAGCAGAAACUAUAAAUGCUUUUCUGGGUGAGUGUGGAAUUAAACAAGAUAAUGCCAUUUUUGUUACUCAUCCUUACUUAGAUAAUAUAAAAAAAAAGUUUAUCCUUUUAACCAAUCAUAUCCAUUUUUUUUCUUUAGUUUCUAGAUCACAGGUCAAAAUGUAAGAAAGUGAAAGCAGAAAAUGGUCAAGCUCUGCAGACGUCCUCCCUCAGUGGUCCUGAAGAGAUUUAACAGCAACUGAGCUCUUCCAGCCUGAAAACCAGCUAGGACCUGGUCAUUGCUGGAGUAUCGCACAUGAAUGGUAAGUGACUUCUGAAGGAUGACUGACUUCAACAAUUCCUCCUGCCAUUUUGCAGACACACACCAUUUGACCAGCCUCUACUGUGUAGUGCUCAUUGGAGGACUGGCAGGCGUCAUCUCCAUUUUGUUCCUGCUGGUGAAUAUGAACACCCGGUCUGUGACCACCACAGCAGUCAUUAACCUGGUGGUGGUCCACAGCGUGUUCCUGCUGACAGUACCUUUUCGAUUGUUCUACCUCAUCAAACAGACUUGGAAGUUCGGGAUGCCUUUCUGCAAAUUUGUGAGUGCCAUGGUGCACAUCCACAUGUACCUGACGUUCCUCUUUUACAUAAUAAUCCUGGUCAUCAGGUAUCUCAUCUUCUUCAAGCACAAGGACAAGGUGGAGUUCUAUAGAAAACUGCACGCUGUGGCUGCCAGUGCCAGCAUAUGGCUGCUGGUCAUUGUCAUUGUGGUGCCCCUGAUCGCUUCUCAUUAUGGGAAUUAUGGCAAAUAUGAUGAGGAACACUGUUUCAAAUUCCAGAAAGAGCUUCUGAACAUAUAUGUGCGAGUCAUCAACUAUUUGAUAGUCAUUAGUGUCAUAGCCAUCGCGGUGGCUCUCUUGGCCUUCCAGAGCUUCAUCAUUUUGUUGAUGGUGAGGAAGCUACGUCAUUCCUUCUUAUCCCACCAGGAGUUCUGGGCCCAACUGAAGAACCUACUUUUUAUAGGGGUCAUUCUUAUUUGUUUCCUUCCCUACCAGUUCUUUAGGAUCUAUUAUCUGUACACUGUGGUGCAUUCAGAAGACUGUGAUGACAAUAUUACGUUGUAUAAUGAGAUCUUCUUGAGUGUAACAGCUAUUAGUUGUUUUGAUUUGCUACUCUUUGUUCUUGGGGGAAGCCACUGGUUUAAGCAAAAGACAAUAGACCUUUGGAAUUGCUUUCUGUGUAGGUAGAUGCAAACUACAGCGUUCAGGAUUACUUCCUCUGUAUUGGGAGUGGAGAGACUAUUUGUACAGUAUGUACGAAUACUCACUUCAUUACUUAAUUGAAGAAGCCAUGGCUUGAUGAAGUCAAAUAAAUAGACUAUAAAAUGUAAGAAUAUUCAUUUCAGUCCUUAUCUAAUUUCUACUGUAUCUGAAUGAUGUAUGUACAAAGAGCAACAAGAGCCAAUUCAUCUGAAGUGCCAUAAUGUUUUAUUUCCAAUACAAAGUGUCUACCUGGUGACUGGGUACAUGGCACAGUGGUUAAAGCAUCAGACUCACAGCCAUGAGAUCCCAGGUUUGAAAUCCUGCAUAAUUUGUACUAGAUUAAUUUUCUGAUUCUCUCUUUCUCUUUCUUACUCAUGAAUACAUAAAUAAAUACAAUUUUAAA